CCAAGCUUGUGGUUGUCUGAGCAGACGGCUCGCACAGCUCGUACAGAUCCCGUGUUCUGUUUACAAGCCAAAUGGAUCGAGUUGUAUAAUAUGUUGUUUAAAACGGAGAGAACAGUUUGGAUAACAAGUAGCAUGUUUGUGUGUGUGUCUGCCUGGAGGGAGCUAACUGACCCAGGGUCAACACUGAGAUCUACAGACUGCAUAGUCCUACUGUGCGCAUGUCCUACAGGAAUUGCAUCACUGAGCUUUAAAAAACAUCAAGAUAGCUGUUGGAUGCUUGCAAGCUGUCCUGACACCAAAUUAUGCACAGUGUGUAGUUUCACCUAUUCCAGGAAGGACCGGAUACAGGCACUGUCGUUGGAAUAUCAGCACAAAGGUUACGCCAAGUGUCUAUACACCAUACAAGCACCCUCCAACACUUACAUAGAACUCAAUUUCACCGAUCUCAUUGGCUUCCAGCCUCAUUUUGGUCCUGCAAGCUCAACGGACCCUAAUUUUCAUUUACCCAAUUCUCAAUCAUCAGCAUCAACGUUGUUGUCGUCCUCGUCACCGCUGUCAUCGUCAUCAUCAUUACCUGUGUCUGCUAAAGCAGAACAUUGCUUGCCACCCGAGCUUGUUAUAAGUCUGUUUACAGAAGGCCAUAGGAGCCACUCGAAAACUUUUAGGUUUUGUAAAACGAACAAUUUCAAAACGCCUCGAGUCUUUCAUUUCAAUGUCAACUCCCUGCAGAUAGUUUAUAUAUGGGAGGAGAAUGUACACAGUGGAUUUUCACUGGAUAUAGACUUCCAUCAACGCAACAAUAAAUGUGUGUUUUACUGCACUGAUCUGACAUGUUUGACGUCGGAGAAACUUCUUUGUGACAAAGUCUACAACUGUGCAGACGGGUCCGAUGAGUCCAACUGUCCAAGUCUACCCCUUCAAUCUGACGGUGCUUACCAAUCUCUAACUACAGUAGUUGUGAUCGUGCUGUUUGUAGUGUUAAUGCCGGUGCUGGCCGUGUUUAUAUGCGUUGUGAGCCCCUGCAGAUCUACGUCUCGUAUGUGGCGUCGCUGGAGGACCCGAGACCGAGGUGUGGACCAUCGUCAGUUACGGCCAGACUCUCAAGGAUCAGAGGUUGUAUUCAUCCCCCCUACCACAUCGUCCCCUAGUUCUACAACCACGCCGGCCCACCUAGAGCAGCAAAUUGCCCUGAUGAGGGAGCGCCACACACUUUUACAGUCGGCGCGCACUGGCAUGGAGAUAGGCAUGCCCUCCUCGGUACACAUCUCCCAGGAUGGCGAGGAGGGGUAUGCCGAGAGCCAGAAACAGCUGGCCCAUCACUCAAAACAGGAGAUCUACCAGCCCUGCUUUAGACCUCCGCCUAACAAGACAGUAUACGACAAGGAUAGUCCCCCGCCGUACUACGCUGUGAAGGGCCUCGGCCCAUCCUCCCAGGGGGUAUCCCCCGGGGCACUGGUACAACACUCAAAUGGCUGCUCCAUGAUGGUGCAGUGUUUUAAUUUGUCAAAUAACAAUGAGCAGCACAGUGAUGGCUGCCUGCGACAGCCCAAUCAGUGUAGGACUAGUGGCCGUGGUGGUGUGUCUCCUAAUGUCGGCAGUGCCCCACGUGUACAUGUCGCGCACGAUAGUGCAAUAGACCUUGGACGGCAUAGUGCGUCUGGGCUUGACCGACCGCCAGACUACAGUGCGGUGCUAGCAUCUAGGACAAGUGUGUGUAGUAACAAUAAUAAAUCCCCUGCGGGCGGACAUGUCUGAUAGCGACCAUGCUGGCGACAUCUAGAGGAGGGAGGCGCGGUCAAGGUUAUGGAUGUAGGUCAAAGGUCAUAUGGAUAAAGCCAGCUGUGAUACAGAUUUUGGGGAAGUGAAUUACAACAUCAUCUAAUUAAUGCUUUUACUUUGUAUUGUGAGAUAAAAAAAAUGACAAAAAUACACAAAAAAAAAAUAAAAACCAAAAACUGAUUGAUUCCUCUGUGAGAGCUACACAAUACCAAGGCCACUGAUUUGUAUUGUAAAGAAAUUGUGUCCCUCAUUUUACGAGGGAAAACAUUUGUGCAGACUACGUUUUAAACCCCUCCCCCCCACAUUUAUGGAGAAUAUCUUUGUGCUCAAGGUACAACAGUUGUUAUAGUAAGUCAUCAGAUGGGUAGGCACCCUAGGUGCUGCAUAUUUCCAUUUUCUGUUGUACAACCUGAUCGUCCGGCUACACGCACAGCGAGCGUCGAGGUGUGACGUGUAUGUACAGUCGCGCUAGUGAUCCUAUAUAGGUAAACCCAGUCUGUCAAACAGCCUUACUUCUAUAUAAACAUCAGUGUAUGUCUGUCUGCCUGUCCAUCAGUGGAGGACCAUGUCUCCCACGCUCAAGCGACCCUGCGAUCAAGGUCACUCCGGGUGGACUAUGUGCUUGUAUCUGGAGUGUCAGGGAGUUCAACACUUGUGUAAAGUGUUUGUACUCGAUCCAGAGUCUAAGCUGGCUAAAUAUCAUCCUCAUGCUUGUGUUGUUUUUAAGAAGAAGCUUUUUUUGUCCAAUUUUACAGCUAUGAUGGUGAUCUUGUUGACUUAGUGUGGAGAAUGAGGUUAGUGGUUACUGUAGUACUGCUCUGCCUAGUGUGGAGAAUGAGGUUGGUGGCCACUGCAGUACUGCUCUGCCCAGAGUGGAGAAUGAGGUUGGUGGCUACUGCAGUACUGCUCUGCCUAGUGUGGAGAAUGAGGGUGGUGGCCACUGCAGAACUGCUCUGCCCAGUGUGGAGAAUGAGGGUGGUGGCCACUGCAGUACUGCUCUGCCCAGUGUGGAGAAUGAGGUUAGUCGCCACUGCAGUGCUGCUCUGCCCAGUCAUGUAUGCAGUAUAUAUAUAAUGUUAUAUACUAUGUUUUUUAAAUUUUUUUUUUUUUUUUUUUAUUCAUGAAACAUGAAUCUCUUUUUCUGCCUUCUUUCUCACUGUCUGUCCAUCAGUUCUCUCUGUCAGUACAUCAAGUACCCUUUUCAUUAUUGAAUAGAGAUUUAGCCUACAACAGUAAUAGUACAGUUCAUUGAACCAUCAGCAAUGGGUUUAUGUAUGUGACUAAUGUUUAUGAUAACCAUGCAAUUUGUUUUAAAAUUUGUGACCUGUGUUCCUCAAAAAACAACAUUACUUGCUGCAGAAUAUGUAAAUGUAUGCAUUCAGGUAGUCUGUGCUAAAUAAUUGAGUCAUAUCAUCAGGAGUUUUCAACAUAUAGGAGAACCUGAAUGCAUCAACAUUACACCUAUAUAAUGUACCAAUUAAUCCUUUCACCACUGUAGACCAUAAUGGACUCAUCGAGAUCAAUGCAUGGUAGAGUCUAUAAAAGUUACAUAGGGUUGAAAGGGUUAUGGCCAAUUGAUCUUGUAUCCAUGUUUACUUUACCGUUUAUAAACCGAGGAAAUAGACGUGAUUCUCACUGUAUUAGUCAAGAGUUUUAAAAAGAAUACCAGAAAAACAAACUUGCCUAUUACCCAGAUAUAACACAACUAACUGUGAAAUCAGAUAUUUUCGUCUGGGCCCAAAUUUGUGGUUUCCUGGAAAUCUACCAUUUCAAGAGUACCCACUCACACGGAGAAUUAUUCUAUGUCAAACUUGUAAUUUCUUUGUGAACAUAAAGAAUUUGUGGAUGAGGAUUACCCAAGAAAUCAACGAAAUUAAAAACCCACGAAAAAAUUAGCGAUUUCAUAGUAUAAGAGAUCGUAGAUACCAUGUAAUGAUGGUCUUAUAUUUUAUUUAAAUUGUGAGAAAAAUUGUGAGAAAAAAAUCUCCCUAUCUGCACCCUGAUAUAAUGAGUUUGGUGAUGGUCUUAUAUUUAUGGACUAAAUUGUGAGAAAACAUUCUCCCUUUUCUGAAUCCUUGUAUAGUAAGGACCGUUAACCCAGGUUCAAAGGACCACCAAUGGAAUUAAUCAAACAUGGAAAUGUCUGAGCGCCUAUCACAAAGCUAAUAACAGAUAUCAACAUAUAUAUGUUACUCUAUAAGAUGAAUGGUUGCUGCUAUAAAGCGUGAAAGAAAUAUCAGAGGAUUUAUUGUUUUGUUACCAUUAAAAUGAAAAACAUUCUUAAAUGUUUCUGAAAUAUCUUUUUUUCAUUUACAUUUCAGCUACUUCAACAGAUUACUGCGGUGAAGAAUAUGAUCAAUUAAUACUCUAAAACCUAAUUACAGAUUUCUUUUUAUCAAUUGUCAUUUCAAGUCUGUCUGAAUAUAGCUAUAUUUAGUAAGUUAUCAAAACAAAAUUGUGUUUUCUGGUCAUUACUUGAACAUUAAUUUACAUGAAAAGCUACAAAUAUUUCGGUGAGAAAAAAUGGAUUGAAAUAAUAUCAGCACAAGUUUUUAUAUUGUUUGAAGUUUAUCAGCAUCCCAGUUAUAGACAGGUAACAAACCUAUUGUUAGACAGUUGUCGGUCAAUUUUCCUAUGAAUUUUACUAAAGUAAAUACAUAGAGCUUUAUUAUUAUACUUAAAACUACAGCAAAUAACAUUCCUGGCACAGAAGUACAGAGAAGAAAAGAAAUGGCCGAUUUGUCAUGGUACAUUGGGUACUCUGGUCCUGUCAAAUGUCGGUUUAGGAAGACCUCUGGAACUGUUUGGAAACUGUGAAAUCAGAUAUUUUCAUGAGGCUCAAAUUUCGUGGUUUCCUGAAAAAACACUAUUCCGUGGGUACAUGAAUUUGUGGAUCACGAGUACCCACUAACACAGAGAAUGGCUUAAUGUCAGACUGUGUAGACCUUUGAAUUCGUGGAUGAAAAUUACUCCAGAAUCAAUGAAAUUAUGAACCCCACAAAGACUAGUGAUUUCACAGUAUGUUCAAUGAUAAACUCUAUCAUAGUCACCUGGACUAAUUUUAUUGUAUUCUUGACAAUCACAUGUAUUUCAAAACGGUUUGUAUCAAGUUGUAUGUACACAGUAUGUGGAAGCUAAUUCACAGGAAAAACAGUGGUUUGUAAAACCCAGUGUCAUAAGUGUGCGGAUAACAGUAGUUUAUAAAAGUGUGGUGUCUUUGGUGUGUGGAUAACAAAGAUAGUUGAACUCAUUCACCGCUGAAGACGCAUUUGAACUCUUCCAAUCCAUAGGUCGGAAUAGUUCAUUAUGAAAUAUCAGGGGUGAAUGAGUUAAUGGGACAUAUGAAUACACACACAUUCUGUACAGUCACUAGAAAUCUACAACGUUCAUCCCUAUGUUCCUACUUGCACUCCACUCUCCCUUUGAAGUGAAUCAGUCUAAGUGUGGGACGAGGGUGGAGAGGUCAAGACCAGGCCAAUCGCCUCACCAUUUUUGUAUAACAUGUGAACCAUUAGAGGCAGACUUCUAGACAUUGUUUCUGGAUAUAAAUUAUUGAUGUCACAGAUAAAAAUAAAGUCUGACUAAUAUUUUAUUUUUUUUUAAGCCAGGGAAAGAAAGUUUUAUGGGUUCUUGUUUUCUUGUUGAAAUUGGUAGUACAUUUUUGUUGUUAAUAAAGGUAUCUGUAUAAAGUUUUCAAACGGUCUACAAUAAACUGAAAAAAUAGACUGGAAGUCUGCUCGAAUGUUCACCAUUUUGAAAAGCCUUGGUAAAGGGUGGGCUCGAGGUGUAGAAUUGGUCACAUACCUGUAACAGUGGAGGUAAGGGUGGGCUCGAGGUGUAGAAUUGGUCACAUACCUGUAACAGUGGAGGUUCAGUAUGAGCAAAUUACAAUGAAUUGAAAGCAGUUAAAACUAUAAUUUAUUACACUGUCAAUAAGGGUGUUCCAAGGUUGUAAGGUACGGUUUGUUUUGAACAGAAAACAUUCAUAUAAAAUGGACUUGAAGCAUGAAUGUUUUAGUCUCCCUUUGUAUACACAGGUUGAUUUGGUAUUGCAGAGCUUCCUUUGUUUAUUAUUCACAUUGAAUGCAGCAACUGAGAUAGACCCUUACUCAAGUGUUCAUGUAUAAAAGGCCCAAACUCCUUAAAACAGUUUAGUUUUCACAAAGUAAAUUUUUGUCAUAGUGCAUUUAUCAUUGAUUGACAAUUUUAUCCACAAACAAUAUUAUAAAAAAAAUCUUUUGUACUCAAAAAUGAAAUGAAGAAAUAGAUACGUAUUUUUCCAAGCUUAGGUUUUUCACCGGAUUACUUUACGAGAAGUGAAAAAGACAUAAUUUUGAAAAACCAAAUUUUACUGGAAUUCGCAUCAAGUGCAUUACCUGAAUAUUGCAUUAUGGCACAAACUUCAUUUCGUGAAAACUUGUUCAUGCUUCUGUAUUAUAUUAAAAAGAAAGUUGAAUUUCAAUAUGGACAGCCUAAGCCAUCCAGUAUAAAAAAUUUCAAGUUGCUUAAAGUGACUUUGUUAUGUUGAAACUGUGUGUUACAAAUUGUACUAAAGUUUCUUUUGUAUGGAGAAAAAUGUAUCUUCAGUUUAAAUGAAGGACAUGUUGCUUAUGUUUUACUGUACAAUAUAUAUAUAUGGAAGAAGGGAGAUAAUUCCCAUAUUUUUCUGAUAGAAAAAAAAGUAUGUUUAAUUUAUUUCUCUGUUGUAUUUUUUCAUUUUUUUUUUUGUUUUUACUUACGAAGUAACACUGAUAUGUUUUGCAUUUUCAUUUGAAAGUAUUCAUCAAGAUGUUUUAAAUUAAAAAUAUAACUUGCUCUUGUUAGUUGUAACUGGCUGCUUUUAGCAGCAAAAGUUGUCUGAUAAGAAUGGAUGGUUGAAAACAACAAUUCUCAAUGCACAGCCCAAAUGUGUUUUACAAGUGUGUAAAGAAUUGCUUGUUAAAUUUGUUACAAAGUAUUGUUAUUUCAAUCUAAUGCCCCUACAUGUUAUAUAACUGUAGUGUUUUGUUUAUGUCGAGAUUAGGUUUUGAAAUGGACUCUCUCAAUCAUUAGACAUUACCUUCAUUUCCAUUUGACUUCCAAAAAUAUUUCUCAUGAAAACGAACAACACACCCAAUUAAAUGAUUGAUUUGAUAUUUAAUACAAAUAAAUGUAAUUGGACAUUUAAACAAAUUUACAGUCAUAUUAUUGUUAAAAAAGAAAGAAAAAUAUUUUGUUUGAAAAUAGAUAAAGGAUAUUUAGGGUUUUUAUUCUUUCUCUUGUAGAAAUAUGGCCACACUUCACCUUCAAGUAAAUACAUGUACAUUUGUAUCUAACAUAAGGAAUGACCAAGUGUUGUGUUCACAAGCCUAUCAUCCCUAUUGCUGAUGUAUUCACCCCCAGGGAAAUGUCCUUUUAUCAACUUAGUGGUGUAGGCAGUUAUUGCUAACUUUUAAUAAUAUUAUAAGAGUAAUCUUUAUUAGAAAUAAUUGUACUUGAUUUGUUACAACCAAUAUGAUUGUGUUUUAGUCACGACAGUCAAAGUUAAACCCUUUCAUAAAUGUAGACCAUAAUGAACUUGUCCAUAUCAAUGCACAGUAGAGUCGACUCAGGUUACCUAGGUACGAACAGAUUACUUACAUGUACAACCAGGAACAGAGGUUUGUUGUCUAGAACACUUUUAAUUGCAUUUAAUUGUUUUAAACAGAUUUUACAACCUGGUUUGUGAAUAUCUUUUAUGGAAAUUGAGAUAAGUAAUUUUUCACCGACUACUCGGUCGAUGUAACGAAGGUAAUGUCCAAUGAUACGUGUGAUGUUUAAUGUUGAUAUUUUUACAAACGAAAGUAAAAAAGUUAACAAUUUCUGAUUAUCGUUUAUCCUUUCAUGAUCCUUCACGGAUUACGAGUGACCUUUCAAGGUCAACGGUCAGUGAUGGUUCGGCCACUAAAUCUGCUAUGUGCCAUAUGUUUUGACUGGUUUGUUCAGUGAUGGUGGAUCCACGUUAAAUGUAAGCUGCUGCCUUCCAGUAAUACACAGUUACAUCCCAAACUGUAGAAAAUUUUAGUAAAUAUUUUCAUCAAAAACUUGAAAAUAAUUGACAAGUCAAAUUUAAAAAUAAUACCAAUAGCAUAAUGAUUGUCUUUAAGGGCUGUUUCAGUUAUAAUUUUUACGUAGGAAAUCUAUAAUGCUCCCAUGUUUUGAAAGAAAUUGUUUUUUGGGGAGCUGCUGCAAUUUUUGUUCCCAUUUGAUUGCCCCGAUCGCGGCACUAGCUGAGAGGAAUCCUUGAUUGCCCCGAUCGUGCUGCCCUAGCCGAGAGGAAUCCUUGAUUGCCACGAUCGUGCUGCCCUAGCCGAGAGGAAUCCUUGAUUGCCCCGAUCGCGCUGCCCUAGCCGAGAGGAAUCCUCAAUAUAUAUAUCUAUCUGUUACUUGCCACCAAUCUUGAUCAGGCCAGUCAUUCUCCCACUUUCCAUCUUGCUUUUGAACACUUUGGGUGCAUAUCAUUUUUUCUCACUGCAUGCUUAAUGUGUGGGAGAGAGCGGUCACUGACCAAUAUAUUACACAGGCUCGGUCACUGCAGACAGAUUGUGUGGUGUAGAGCGGUCACUGUGACCUACACUCGGUCACUUCAGACAGAUUGUGUGGGGCAUAGAGCGGUCACUGUGACCUACACUCUGUCACUUCAGACAGAUUGUGUGUGGCAUAGAGCGGUCACUGUGAUCUACACUUGGUCACUUCAGACAGAUUGUGUGUGGCAUAGAGCGGUCACUGUGACCUACACUUGGUCACUUCAGACAGAUUGUGUGUGGCAUAGAGCAGUCACUGUGACCUACACCUGGUCUGCCACUACUGUGUUUGGUAGAAUGGGGUGGAGGUGGCCUGUAUGUUACACUAGCUCUGUCACACUAUACAGCUUGUGUGGGAGGAGUGCGAUCACUGUGACCUGUUAACUACAAUCACUCGGUCAGUACAGACAGAUUGUGUGUCAUAGAGAGGGGUCACUGUGGCCUGUUUAUUACACUUGCUUGGUCACUUCAGACAGCUUGUGUGUGUAUGUGCAUGUAAGAGGAGAGAGAGAGAAAUUCAAAACUAAAAAAAAUUAUUGUGCGAGUUGAGUGUGGAGCAAGUGGGAUGCUGUUUAAGACUUUGAACAGCCUGGGUGAGUGACAUUGUGUCCAGUAGCUGUAACAGCCUCGAUGUAAGGGAAUGUAUUCAGCAGAUGUAACAGCCUGGAUGUGUGGGAAUGUGUCCGGUAGCUGUAACAGCCGGGAUGCAAGGGAAUGUGCCCAGUAGAUGUAACAGCCUGGCUGUAAGGAAUGUAUGUCCAGUGGCUGUAACAGCCUGGAUGUAAGGGAAUGUGUCCUGUAGCUGUAACAGCCUGGAUGUAAGGGAAUGUGUCCGGUAGCUGUAACAGCCUGGAUGUGAGGGAAUGUGUGUCCGGUAGCUGUAACAGCCUGGAUGUAAGGGAAUGUGUCCGGUAGCUGUAACAGCCUGGGUGUGAGCCAAUGUGCCCAGAAGCUUAGAGGAGCUGGUCUGUAUGAGAAUAAGUGUCAUCACAUGAUGAAUGGUCUCUCCUUGUGUAUCUACAUAUAAACUAUUUUUAUUUAUAAUUAAUGGCAAGCAGAGACAGAGCCCUCUGCUGAAGAUUAAAAUAUAAGUAACUUA